AUGGCCGAAGCAGCCCCUACAGAUGCAACGCCAACAGAGCCCCAAGCUAGACAUAUUGUCUACUGCGGCGUCUGCUCUCUUCCCCCAGAGUAUUGUGAAUUCGGCGGCACAGCGAAGAAGUGCAAGGAAUGGCUUGAGCAAAACCAUCCGGAUAUGCAUGAAAAGCUUUACUCUGAAGAAGCGAUAACAGCCUCUCUCUCCACACUCUCCGUCGACGCCCAGAAGCGCGCCCAAAAGGACUCGAAGAAGAAAGAAGCGAAAGCCGCAGCCGCGGAGGCUCGAGAGGCUGAGGCGAAGAAGGAAGCGAUGGUAUACAUAAAGCGCGUCGAGAGGAAUAAGAGAAAGUAUGUUACGGCAGUGUCGGGGUUGGAGGCGCAUGGAAUGGACUUGAAGAAGGUGGCCAAGGAAUUCGGCAAAAAGUUCGCAACAGGCAGCAGUGUCACGAAGACGGCGAGCGGAGGCGAAGAAAUAGUGGUGCAAGGGGACAACAGUGACGAUAUCUUCGACUGGGUAGUGGAUGUGGGUGGAGUGCCAGAUGAGAACGUGGAAUGCAUCGAGGACAAGAAGAAAAAAAGUGCUGGUUAA